ACAAACGUCAAACCCGUGUUGGCGGCAAAACAAAUCGGUGAACGAUGGCUGAUCUACAGGAACUGGAGGAAUUUGUGUCCCAAAUCGCGAAACCUGAGCGUACUAUAAGGUGUUUUCCGGAUGGGAUUAGUUUGGAACAGUUUGCCACCAUCUGUACGCUUCCGGGAGUACCCGAUGACACGAAACAAGCGAUACAAGCUCCAGUGUUACGGCUCCGGGAAGCUGCGUUGCUGAAGGAGGAUGAGAAAGUCACGGAGCUGGUGAUGAUUUUACAGCAGCUGAUGGAUAGGAUGGAUAGCUUCGCAACACUAGAACAGUACGCUUGGUUGGUAAGAACCACGUUUGGUGCUUAUUUGCUGAAAAAAUUGCCAUUGCAAGUCACUACCCUGGUAAGGAAUCUGAGCAAUGCUGUAGAAGGAAUAGAGCUCGCUGGUUUCAAUCAUUCUCCAGCUGUUGUUCACGUCGUUGCGAAGAGCUUGAUGGAGGAUAUUCCUCUCACCGGUGGCAAUCUGCUACACGCGAUCAAACGGCUUGCAAUGGCAACCAGUCCCUUGCUCUACUACACAGCGGUGGCGCUUGUGUUUGCUGGGCUCGAUGCGAUAACUGAACCGGGAAAGCCGACCGAAGCCUACCGCGUGCAAGGAGUGAAUGAAUUUCUUCGUCGAUUGGACAUUUUUAACCUACAGUAUCUGCAGCAGCAGAGCAACAAUCUGCAGAUCACCUACCAGCUGCUGAAGCUGCUUAGCCUGUAUCAAAACAUGGUUAUUAUGCGCCACGUAGGUGCAUCGCUCGAAGCGCUAACCGCGGAGCAUAACUGUUAUGCCGAUUUGCUGCACGUGACGAACGCACAGAUCAAAAAGUUUCGGCAGUGGUUGGAUAAUGCGAGCGCGAUUGUGCAGCCGUUCGGGAAGGAUCAGGAAAAAGAUUAUCUGAUUCUAGCCGAUUUGAUGCAGGUGGAUAUGAUUCCUUUGUUCGACGAUUUGAGUCAAGAUGAGGAUAUAGUCUGACUACAUGCUAUACAGAAACCAUUGAAUAUUGACGCCUCAUGUGCCUGCUUACCUGCUCCCAACAGGAAGGAGACAAGCAUACAUAAUUCUGUUUGAAAGACACCACGGUCGAACAAAUGUAGCAUAUGAGUGUAAUAAUUCAUAUUGAAUUAGAGUAAGAUAAAAAAGCAACAUCUAAAAGAACUUCUUCUAAGCCAUAUCAUUGCUAGAAUUAUUGAUAACCGAAUAGGUCAGUUCUUGCUAUGGCAGAGUGUCGUUGCUCCAUCCACCGGAUCACGAAAAAUCUACCACAAAAAUUGUGAUUUUGCAUAAAAUAAAAAUUAAUUAUGUGUUGGUUUAUUUAACAUAAAAAAAUGUAA